CGUUUAGCUUCAGUGGGACUGGAUGCCAAAAAUACAGUCUGUAUUUGGGACUGGAAGAGAGGAAAACUACUGGCAACAGCCACAGGCCAUUCAGACAGGAUAUUUGAUAUCUCCUGGGAUCAAUAUCAGCCAAACAGAAUUGUCAGCUGUGGAGUAAAACACAUAAAGUUUUGGACAUUGUGUGGAAACGCACUGACAGCAAAGAGAGGAAUAUUUGGUAAAACAGGAGAUCUCCAGACUAUCCUUUGCUUAGCAUGUGCGAAAGAAGAUGUCACCUACUCUGGAGCUUUGAACGGGGACAUCUACGUGUGGAAGGGGCUGAACUUAGUCCGCACAAUCCAAGGGGCACACAGCGCUGGAAUUUUUAGUAUGUAUGCUUGUGAGGAAGGUUUUGCCACUGGAGGGAGAGAUGGUUGCAUUCGGUUGUGGGACACUGAUUUCAAACCGAUUACUAAGAUUGAUCUCAGGGAGACUGAACAAGGAUACAAAGGUUUGUCCAUCCGAAGUGUCUGUUGGAAAGCAGACAGACUUUUAGCAGGGACACAGGACAGUGAGAUAUUCGAGGUGCUAGUAAGGGAGAGGGAUAAGCCCAUGCUGAUCAUGCAGGGUCAUUGUGAAGGGGAGCUCUGGGCCCUGGCAGUCCAUCCAAAGAAGCCUCUGGCAGUCACGGGCAGUGACGAUCGCUCUGUACGGCUGUGGAGUCUGGCUGACCACGCCCUGAUAGCUCGCUGCAACAUGGAGGAGGCCGUGCGGAGCGUGGCCUUCAGCCCCGACGGGGCUCAGCUGGCCCUGGGCAUGAAGGAUGGCUCCUUCAUCGUCCUGAGAGUGAGAGACAUGACAGAGGUGGUUCAUAUCAAAGACCGCAAGGAAGUGAUCCAUGAAAUGAAGUUCUCCCCAGAUGGCUCUUACCUUGCUGUGGGCUCCAACGAUGGCCCCGUGGAUGUCUAUGCGGUUGCUCAACGGUACAAAAAAAUAGGAGAAUGCAACAAGUCUUCUAGUUUUAUAACUCACAUUGACUGGUCUGUCGACAGCAAAUUCUUGCAAACCAACGAUGGUGCAGGAGAGAGACUGUUCUACAAGAUGCCAUCUGGGAAGCAUCUAACGAGCAAAGAUGAGAUCAAAGGAAUUCACUGGGCCUCAUGGACCUGUGUGAUAGGAUCUGAAGUGAAUGGAAUCUGGCCAAAAUACACAAACGUUACAGAUGUCAACUCUGUGGAUGGAAAUUACAACAGCUCAGUGCUAGUGACUGGAGAUGACUUUGGACUGGUUAAAUUAUUCAGAUUCCCAUGUCUAAAGAAAGGAGCUAAGUUUAGGAAAUACAUUGGCCACUCAGCACAUGUAACCAACGUCCGUUGGUCCCACGACUUCCAGUGGGCUGUGAGUACAGGAGGUGCUGACCACUCGGUUUUCCAGUGGCGAUUCCUUCCCGAAGGGAUAACGAACGGCGGCCUUGAAACACCUCCACAAGAGGGUGGGGUUGAUUCCUACAGUGAAGAAUCAGAUUCAGAUUUAUCUGAUGUGCCAGAGUUAGACUCUGACAUUGAGCAGGAAGCUCAAAUCAACUAUGAUCGCCAGGUUUACAAAGAAGACCUACCUCAGCUGAAACAGCAAAGUAAAGAGAAAAACCAUUCUGUGCCCUUCCUUAAAAGAGAGCGAGCGCCUGAGGACAGUUUAAAGUUGCAGUUUAUACAUGGCUACAGAGGCUAUGACUGUCGAAACAACUUGUUCUACACCCAGACUGGAGAAGUGGUGUACCAUAUUGCUGCUGUGGCUGUUGUAUAUAACAGGCAGCAGCACACCCAGAGGCUGUACCUUGGUCAUGACGAUGACAUCCUCAGCCUAAGCAUUCACCCAGUGAAAGACUACGUUGCUACUGGACAGGUUGGAAGAGAUGCUGCUAUCCACGUCUGGGACACACAGACUCUGAAAUGUUUAUCGUUGCUCAAAGGCCAGCAUCAGAGAGGAGUAUGUGCACUGGAUUUUUCAGCUGAUGGAAAAUGUUUGGCAUCUGUUGGUCUAGAUGAUAAUCAUGCCAUUGUGUUUUGGGACUGGAAAAAAGGAGAAAAGCUAGCAACAACCAGGGGCCAUAAGGAUAAAAUAUUUGUGGUGAAGUGCAAUCCACAUCAUGUAGACAAACUAGUCACUGUUGGGAUAAAGCACAUCAAAUUUUGGCAGCAAACAGGUGGAGGCUUUACAUCAAAACGAGGAACAUUUGGAACUACUGGGAAACUGGAAACCAUGAUGAGUGUUUCCUACGGGCGACUAGACGACCUGGUGUUCUCUGGGGCUGCUACUGGAGACAUCUACAUCUGGAAGGAUACUCUGUUGCUUAAGACAGUGAAAGCCCACGAUGGGCCAGUAUUUGCCAUGCAUGCACUGGAUAAGGGGUUUGUAACUGGUGGAAAGGAUGGAAUUGUGGCCCUGUGGGAUGAUAUGUUUGAAAGAUGUCUGAAGACGUAUGCUAUUAAAAGAGCUGCACUAUCUGCUAGUUCUAAAGGUUUACUUUUAGAAGACAAUCCCUCCAUUCGAGCCAUCAGUCUAGGACAUGGACAUAUACUAGUGGGAACUAAAAAUGGAGAGGUACUUGAAAUUGAUAAAAGUGGCCCUAUGACACUACUUGUUCAGGGACAUAUGGAAGGAGAAGUCUGGGGCUUGGCAGCUCAUCCUCUCUUGCCUGUCUGUGCGACAGUGAGUGAUGAUAAAACACUCCGAAUCUGGGAACUGUCAUCCCAGCACCGCAUGCUGGCAGUGAGGAAACUCAAAAAAGGUGGCCGCUGCUGUGCCUUCUCCCCGGACGGCAAGGCCUUGGCGGUGGGGCUGAACGACGGCAGCUUCCUGGUGGUCAACGCUGACACUGUGGAGGACAUGGUCUCCUUUCACCACAGAAAGGAGAUGAUCUCGGAUAUCAAGUUUUCCCGAGAAUCAGGAAAGUACCUGGCUGUGGCUUCCCACGACAACUUUGUAGAUAUUUACAAUGUGCUUACCAGCAAGAGAGUGGGGAUUUGCAAAGGUGCAUCCAGCUACAUCACACACAUCGACUGGGACUCGAGAGGAAAAUUACUGCAAGUCAAUUCUGGUGCCAAAGAGCAGCUCUUUUUUGAAGCACCAAGGGGAAAAAGGCAUAUUAUAAGAAUUACUGAGAUAGAGAAGAUUGAGUGGGAUACCUGGACGUGUGUUCUUGGCCCCACCUGUGAGGGAAUUUGGCCCAAGCACAGCGAUGUCACCGUUGUGAACGCAGCGAGUCUGACAAAAGACGGAACACUGCUAGCCACAGGAGAUGAUUUUGGUUUCGUGAAGCUUUUCUCAUAUCCAGUGAAGGGCCAACACGCGAAAUUCAAGAAGUACGUGGGUCACAGCGCGCAGGUAACCAACGUGAGGUGGUUACACAAUGAUUCUGUGCUGCUGACUGUAGGUGGUGCUGAUACAGCUUUGAUGAUCUGGACCAGAGAAUUUCUGGGCAUUCAGGAGAGUAAGCUGGUUGAUAGUGAAGAAUCAGACACAGAUGCAGAAGAAGAUGGAGGUUAUGAUAGUGAUGUUGCAAGAGAAAAAGCAAUUGACUAUACCACUAAGAUCUAUGCAGUAAGCAUCCGAGAAAUGGAAGGGACAAAACCACAUCAGCAGCUGAAGGAAGUUUCAGUAGAAGAGAG